UUAAGUUGCAAGGCAGUACUUCCUCGAUUAUCAGAGGUUACACACGAUCUCAAAAUAUCAAAGGUGUUGAACGCCAGUUAGACCCAAACCACGGUCGUUUCAUCAUUGUGGACGAGUUAGAUAUUCGAAGUUUUGGUGGCGAUAUGGAGUUUCGAGUUAAACUACAUAAUGCAAUAGCUUCCGAAAUGUCUACAUUAAGAGAGAAAAAUCACUCCGAGCCAAUAAUUCAUGAUUCCCCAAAUGGACAAACGUUACAAUCAAACGAGCCGACCCAUGCGACAAACACCCAGUUAGAGGCGCCAUCAGAGCAGGAUGCGUCUAAUGUUGACGUAACAGAAACUAAUGAGAAUUUGAAAGAAUCAACGUAUUCGUACAAAAUACCAGCCAUCAACAUUGCUGUCUACUGUUCGGACAAGAUUCUGGAUUCAGUUAAACAUGUAGCAAAACAUUACACGACCACGCUGAUUGUGAACGAUAACGAUGGGAAGAAAAUUGUGGAUAUUGCCGAUUUAUUCAAAGAAGAAACAGAACCUGUAGAGCGAUGGUCGCUCAUAAGACCACACAACAUUGCUGAGGGAACUGCAACAGCGCAAGUGUGUCAUGAUUCAACAGCAAGAGAGGCAUGGGUUUCGAAGGACCUCAAUGGAAAUCCUACGAUACCCGAAGAUAGCUACUACAAAUUCUUCUCUCGAAAAAUUGCCAACGCCGUGUGUAAGGGUGAUAUCGAGUUUAUAAAACAAAUUCAAAAACUCGAUAACAACUUUUUGAACAUGUUUUUGAUAGAUAAGAGUGAUUACGACGAAAUGUGCAAAUCGGUUGAAGACGGAGGGAUAUUGGCGCUUUAUAAAGAACAGUUAGAUCGCAAACCACCAAGUGAAGAUAUGUGUUUGGUUUUAAAAAUCAUCAGACUACUUACCACACGCCCUGUGUAUGGUGAACGCUUAGAUUCAAAUGAUCACUGGAACAUCGGCUAUUGGAUCCCUGGCGAUUCUCCCAUCAAUUCGAAAGAAGUACUAAAGGAGUUGAAGGAGAUGGGAGCAUCAUUACCCUUUUGGAAUUACAUAUUUCUGUGGGCAUUGGUCUUGAAACAACAGGAGGUGGCAAAAUUGUGCUUGCAGAAAGUGGAGCGUGCAACAGCGAUGGCUGUGAUUGCGUCUGAUUUCUAUGCUGACUUGAGUAAGCAAAGGCAGUACAUAGCGAAAGAAGACGAAAUGCAAAAGUAUAUGGUCGAAUGGACGAACAUAUCAAAAGGAAUCAUUAACGUAUCUUUCUCCGACGAUGAAAAGAAAACGGCUUCUAUGAUCUUACAAAAGCUGCCUUACUGGGACAAUAACUCUUGCAUAGAGUUGGCCAUCCACUCUAAAAAACUUGACAUUAUUGCACACCCUGCCUGUCAGAAAGCGUUUGAUUCAUUCUGGGAGAUGGGUCUACAUGGAAAGAAAUCGUCAAUAAUGUCACAAAUACAGAUUUGGCAAAAUGACAAAGUGCGAACGCAAAAAGAUGUGCCCAUUAUUAUCAGAUCUUCACAAAUGAAUUUUUAAAAUCCAGAUGCUGUCUGAGCUUACCAAGUUCACAUCUUACUGUCUGUUUGGACGUUGUUUGGAUAUAAAAAUUGGAAAAGUAUGGUUUUCAUAGUGUGCUGUGAUUGACUCUUAUUUAAAGAUACAAUGUUGUAUUCUAGACUUAUGGUGUCAUAAAGAAAAUACAGUUGGAAUAGUACGCACGAAUUUCUAGAACAUAAUAUCAAUGGUAUGCGUCUUGUGUUAUUGUUUUAAUCAGUCUGUCACCCAAAGGUACGCAUAUAAAGCAUGUUAAAGUUUGUAAGGGAAAUAUUAUGUUAACAUUCUUCUUGUUCAUGCACACUUUGGUUUAAACACUAUUUAUUUAGUUCAAAAGAAAGUACAUAUAAGCAAUACAAUACAAACAUACAUAUUAUUUUCGAACAAUACACAAGGCAGGAAGAAAUUGCAGUAUUGCUUAAUAUAAAGGCUGUCGGAUACAAUUUGACAGAAUUGAGAAAAAAGCUCGAGGCUUAUGCUAUGUCUCUCUUCUGUCAGUUAGAAGCUCUGCUGAUAUGGUGUAAACAACCAAACGUGUAACUACAACUUAUAAAAAUCACAAAAUUAUGAAACGUAUAGUUCAGUUAUUGGUAUUUGAAUACCGUUUAGAAAUGGAGAAAAUAUAUAUGUAGUAAUACAAAUCAUAUAACAAGAUAGUAUAUAUACCAAAAAAUGUAAUACGUUGAGAAGGAAAUGGAAGGAAGUGUAAUAGUAGAAUUCGAAUAAGAGAAGUUGCGAUAAGAAAGGAAGUAGUCGCGGGACGGGGCAUCGUUAGCAGAAAUGGUUUGUUUCUGAGAUGGAGAAGGAUUAGAAUCUAUGACUAUCUCGGAUGAAAGACUGAACAUGUUUGAAAAUUAGUGAAUUUACUUCGUAUGAUCCGUCUUUAACACCAAAAAGAAGUAGUUGCAGAGUUAUUGGUUGAAAACUGGACAGAUUGUCAAAAAGGAUAACUCUUUUUGCAGUAUAAAUGGGGCAAUUGAAGAAGAAAUGGUAUGUAUCUUCAAUCUCACCACUUUGACAAUAUGGACUUUGUACAAUAUUUUUUGUGUACAAAUGUUCAUUUAAGCUGCUACAAUGCAUUCGUAAACGUGCAUGUAAAAUAUUAGACUGCCGCUCUCCAUUGUAGUAAUGCUGGGGAAUUAUUUUUUUGUCUUUGUUUGGAUUUGCUUUGAAAGCUGAGAGAGAAGGAGCUGUUCUUACAGAUUCAGGUAAAUUGUUCCAUAAGUUUAUAGUUGAUGGUAGGAAAGAUCGUGAAAAAAGUUGUGAUUUACAUUGAAUGCUGCGAAUAUUGUUAGAAUUGCGAAGUGAAUAAGCCGAACUGUCUCCAACGCUACAGGGGAUCAGAGUACACAAAUAUGAAGGUGAUAUAGAAUUAUACAUUUUAUAGAAAUUGGUGAGUUUAUGUUUUGUUCUCCUAUUUUUUAAUGGUUCAAGAGCCGUUUCAUUAUAUAGAUUCUGCAGAGAUGCUAAACGUGUUCCUCCGCUAAUUAUUCUUGCCGCUUCCUGUUGAAUCUUUUCAAGUUCAAUUUCAUCUUAUUUAGUAAUGUUGUCUCAGACUACAUCAGCAUAUUCGAGAAUUGGUCUGAUAAAUGCUGUGUAUAUCAAUAGAAGGGACUUUCUAUCGAGCGUAAACUUGAACGUUCGCAUUAAAUUAAUUCUCUACCAUGCUUUCUUCUUGAUUGAUUCAAUAUGCUCGUGCCAGGAACAUGAAUCAGAAAAAAGUAAGCCGAGAUGUUUAUGAGACGAAACCUCAGUGAUUUGGCAGUCGUUGAGAAAAAGAGGGGGGUGGAUUGGGCGGUUGACUUUUCUAGACAUUACUAAGGAUUCGGUUUUGGAUGGAUUGAAGGUAACCAACCACUUAUGAGCCCAAGAAUGGAUUUUUGCAAGAUCAGAGUUAAGAUGGUUAGCUGCAUCAAUCGGGUUGUCGACGAUUAUAUAUAACGCAGUAUCGUCUGCAAAUUGGCGAAUUGGACAGUGUAUAUCUCGUACAAUAUCGUUGAUGUAUAUAAGAAAGAGGAGGGGCCCUAAUAUAGACCCUUGAGGAACACCAGCAUUUAUGGGUAAUUGGUCAGAUUGGAAGCCGGAAACUACAACACACUGGAUCCUCUCCUGUAGGUAGUCUUUUAACCAAGAUAGAAGAUAUCCAGAGAUACCACAUAGUCGGAGCUUGUGAAUAAGUCCUUCGUGCCAUACUCUAUCAAAUGCCUUAGAAAUGUCACAAAAUACGGCUCUAACCUCUUUACCUUCGUCGACAGCUUUAAUAAAGGUAUGAUAUACCGAGACUAAUUGGUUGACAGUGGCAUCUUUUGGUAUGAAACCUGAUUGAAAUGGGGUUAUAAAAUCGGUAACCCUUAAAUGGUUAAAAAUGUAUUUGUGGAGAAUUCUCUCAAGACAUUUACUUAACACGCUUAAAAGUGAGAUCGGUCUAUAAUUUCCAACAUCCUGAGGAUCAGACUUUUUGUGAAGUGCACAACGUUUGCUUCUUUCCAACUCCGAGGGACUCUACCAGUACUGAUGGAACAAUUGAAAAGAUUUUGUAGUGGACCUGCAAUCUCAGAUGCAAUUUGCUUUAAAACUUGGUUAUUUAUUUUGUCUGGUCCUGAUGCCUUUCCCGUUUUCAUUACUUUUAUGGAAUCUAAAACAUCUUGACGGGAAAUGAUGAGAUCUUGAAAGACUGGGCAAUCUGGCUCGUGGGAAUGUAAGUUGUGCAUGUGCGUACUGGGUAUAGUUAAAGUCGAUUGAGAUAGGAAAAAGGAGUUUAGGAUGUUUGCUUUGCCAAGAGGUGACUCAUAUAUUGUACCAUUGUGAAUUAAGGGAGGCAACUCGCUAUGUGAGGUGUUUUUACUCGUGAAUCUUUUAAUUAUCUUCCAGAAGUCGGAUGAGGAGUGUUGAUUUUCACGUAUUUGUUUAGCAAGAUUAUAAAAGUGAACUUUUUUUGCUGAUUUUACAAGAUAAUUGACCAUAUUACCUUGUUGGCGAUAAAUGUGCCAAUGAUGAUCUGAAUUGGAAGCCUUGACCUUUUUGUAUGCUCUUUUGCGGCGUCGAAUUUCUUUUCGAAUAUUAUUAUGUAGCCAUGGAGGAUCAGCUGUUCUUAUAGUAACUGUUUUGGAUGGGAUAGUAGCUUCGCAGAAACAGAUAAGUUGACGUGUGAAAUUUGAGGUAUAUAUGUCAAUGUUAUGAUCGCAGCAGUUGUUCCAAUCAAAGUUCUGCACAAGUUGUCUUAGUUUAGUGUAGUCCCCAUCUUUGUAUUUCCAUAUUUUACGUUUAAAAUUUGACCCAACUUUUCUGUCGAAGUUUAUGACGCAGUAGAUUGGACAAUGAAACCGAACUUGUUGGUCAAGAAAAGGUUCUCCGACGCCACUUUUUAGCCCUGACAAUGAUGAUGUUAACAUAAAAAGGUCAAGAAGAGAAUUCGAGGUUUCAGUGAAAUGCGUAGGUUCCUUAAUAGCCUGUGUGAGAUUGUACUGUAAAAGAAGGGAGUCUAUUUUGAUCCUACACUGUGGUUUAUUCAUGUCGAGGUUGAAAUCACCUGUGAUAACAAUGUUUUCAAUACCUGUGUCAACGGCUAGUGAGAUCGAAUCGUUUAUGCAUUCUAGUAUAUAAGGACAAGAGUUAGGUGGUCAAUAGAAAGAUCCAAAUAAAAGACGCCUUCCCUUGAUACGUAAUUCAACCCAAAGACAUUCUAGAUCGUCUAUUUGUAGGUCAGGUCGCUCAAUGGCAAAGAGAUCAGAUUUUAUGCACACUAGAAUGCCUCCAUGGGGAUCGUUACGUCUGUCGCGUCUAAACGGCGUAUGAUAGAAAGGGAAAAGUAAGUCGGCAGUGUCAACUGUUGAGCUGAGCCAAGUUUCAGUAAAAACUAUUAUGUCAAAAUUAUUAAGGUCGGAAUAUAAAAUAUCUUUCUUGGCGAGGAAGCUCUGAACGUUGUAAUGGACAAUUUUAAGAUUAUGCGCAAAUGCAUCAGAUAUGGAAGAUGAAAAAGAUGUACCCGUAGAUGAGGAAAACAUAUCAAAGGAGUCGGCGGGUCCAGGAUUUUGGUGGACAUCGCCUCCUCUAAGAAGAAGAAUUGCCAGCCAGCAAACUAACUCGAACAUAUUUAUUUGUUGAAGCCCUUUACUUUUCAUUGUGAGGAAGUAGAACAAACCAAUCCUCAUCCUGUAAACACCUAUGUCAGUGUACAUUAUGUUAUGCCCAAGUGUAAGAGAUAAUUGGAUGAGGAUACGCUAUCGUGCGCCCGGCCCGCGAGAAGUAGAAGAUAGAAUGGAGAAAUUAUGACAAAAGAAGAAUAACAAAAAUAAACAAAAAGUUUGGUCAUGUUGAUGUUUUAAGGAAGUUUAAAACCUCAUUUGAUAAAUUUAUAUGUCGCCCUGUCUAAAGGAUACAAAAAGUCGAAAUUGUAGUCGAUGAGCGCGUGUUAACAUAGAAGUACAAUAAUCUACGCAACAGGGGCUUAAUAAUCAUGCCGAAAAUUGGCGAGCUUUUAGUAUAUGCCAAUGAGGCGUGCAAAUGAACGCCGAACGGGAGAGUCCGUGUUUGUACAGUGUGCACGAUUUCCGCAAGCUGAAAAUAAGAUACAUGUGCACUGGGAGUGUGCCAAAGAAUUGAAGAUUACAGUUUAGGCACAAGUUAGAGGUGAUAGAACGUGUUAAAUAUAUGUAAUGAAGUUAGGCCUUUGCAAAUAUUUUCGGGUGAAAUGGAUUAUUGAAAGUGCAUCUUAUUGGAUUAUUUUUAGUAAGAAGCGUGCAGUUGCAUUGAAAAAAAAAAUGGAUGUGUUGUUCACCAAAGUGUAGAUAUUCAUAUUUCAAGCUAGUGGAUUUAUUCAUUCGAGGAUUAGUUACCAGCUGUUAUGGGCGUAAUUGCACACCACACUUGAAAGAAACAUUCGGACAGACAUGUACAAGCAAUGUGUCUGGUAAGAUCUUUAAAAUCAUAGUAGAAGGUAGAAUGCCACAAAGCUGUAGAAUUAGUGUCUAGAAAUCUAGUUAUUUAUCGUAGGAUAUUAUAAAGUAAUAAGAAAGAAGAAUAUACCAAACGAAAGAAUACAUAGUUGUUUUGGGGAGUGAUAAAUAUAAGAAAUGUUUGCAACUAUGUGUUUGUGUAAAUAAAACAUAAGAAAUGUAUGCAACUUAGUGCAUGUGUAAUUGUUGGGUAUAGAUUGUACAUUUAACGUUUUUAUAUAUGCAAUGUUAGUGUGUACUUGACGUUAUUUGUUUGAGCACUUAUAUUAGGAGACAAAAACAUGUGUUGUAUGAGAUCAUGAAUAAAUGACUUCACAUAGUAAAUUAAUUACAUUCAGUCAACAUAACAACACAAUAAUAUUAAAACAAAUAAGUUACUGUACAAAAAAAGUCAUAUAGCAGCUGAGCUUCAAACAUUUGAGUGCUAUUAAGUACACAAGCUUCACAGACAAUUAAUAACUAAGCUGCUGUAUAAAGUAGGAUUACUUAUGCAGUGAGGUUCAACUUCAUAAAUGCUAGAGAUUAUACAUAGUAAGAUAACUCACCCAGCAGGCUGAGGUUCAAAAAUGAGUUUUACACAGAACCAUCAAUUAUAUAAGACACAUUUCAGAAGCAACAUUUUAUACACCAUAAUAAUUAAUGUGUUAUAACAUUUAUUAUGUACACCAUUGCAAUUAUUCAUUAUCUUAUUACUUCAGGCUUAUAGAAACAAGAUACAUAUUUAGCAUGAUAACUUAAGUACAUAUAUUAGUUCUGAGAAGGAUUCAUCAUUUUGGUGAAAAUAUAUAAUUGCUCAAUUGGAGUAGAUACAUGGCCUUUGUAUAUGGCACAAUAGAUUUGAUAGAUGGUUAAUGCACAAAUUUUAUGUAAUUCAUUUGGUAUUAGUACCUAAUUUUCAGUUGUAUGAUGCUGUUUACUCAUUGUGUACAAUGGAAUUAAUAGAUGACUCACUUUUGUCAUAAUCUUGUAAUGUUACAAAAAAAUGGAAGUGGGUCUAUGCUUUUUUAGAUAGAAGAAAUAUCAAUAUCAAACAAUCUUGGAAUUUGAAACCGAAAAUGACCAAGAUUAUUUGGAAUGUUGAUAAAAUAACAUUUAAUUAUUUAUUAUAUAGAUGCUUGCAUUAUGUAAGCAUGUCAAUUAGAAUGAGUGCAAGUUUUUAUGAUUUCUAUAACAUACUGGUACAGGCAUAAUUGAUAAUCAUAGGAUGUGCAUAUCUACAGAAUUGGAAUUAUCAAGUGAUUUUAGUAAACCAUUGAGAUUUAUCUUGUUUCAACAUUGCAGUAAAAACAAAAGUCCUGCCAUGUGAUUUGAUUGUUGAUUUCAGUCUGUUUUAUUGAGCGUGUCAUGGUAACAAUUAAAUAGAUGAUAUAUUGUGAAUGAACCUAUUGAUGGUUGUGUACAUACACCAAGCAGUGAUGUAAUUUAUUAUCAAAACAAAUUAAACAAAGGUAAAAUACAGUAUGUGAUGUUCAGCAAGGCUAUUGUAGGAGGUGUAGUGCACAAUAAAUGCUUUACAUGUGGAAAUAUGUAUCAUUUUAAUGGUAUUUUGAAGUUACAAAAAUUAUUUUACAAGAAGAUUAUUAUUGAGAAUAACAUGUGAUUAAUGUAGAUAACAUCUUAAUGAUAAGAAGAUAAAUAAAUAACUAAGUCUACACAAUUUAUUAUAAGUUGAAUUUGAUAAAUGGGAUGUUAAGCCACAUUAUUUAAGCAAGUAGUAGACAUGGUUGUCUUUUAAUACAUUUACUUGAAUCAGUUUUGCAUGUAACUGGUAUUAAUUAGAUUUGUUUAUGACUAUUAUUUUGUUAAUGUAAAUAGAACCUCUUUUAGUACAUAUGAUAUUUACAUUU